CACCGAAACCCGGAACCAACGCGUUCCACCAAAACACCCGGAAUUUAUUUCGGAUACACAGGAAGUUUUUCCCCUCGUAGAGGCGAUUUGGUUUUAGCCAAAGAUAUAUAUACAUUUUAACAACUAGUGUUAAAAAUAUAUUAUCUGGAUUCUGUUUAAUGUGUAUGAAAUAAAAUACAGCCAUCAAUAUGUUGAUUAAAGUUAAGACACUCACAGGCAAAGAAAUAGAAAUUGACAUCGAGCCUACAGACAAGGUGGAGAGAAUCAAAGAGAGGGUGGAAGAAAAGGAGGGGAUCCCUCCACAACAGCAAAGACUCAUUUAUAGCGGAAAACAAAUGAAUGAUGAGAAAACUGCUGCUGACUACAAGAUCCAGGGAGGGUCUGUCCUGCAUUUAGUUCUUGCUCUCCGAGGAGGGCAAACCCUGCACUGGCCCUGCAGUCCCCCAGUGUCUUUCCUCUAAUCUAUUCUGUUAAGACUGUACAUCGUGGAAAUCUGUGUUAUCAUGUACGUCAAAACAGCAGAAUUGCCAGGAGGCUCUGGUGUUUAUAGCCAAAAGUGGACAUUUGGCUUUGCAUAAAUCACUGUCUAAAUCAUGUUAGCGUGAUCACAGCUGCUUGGGAUUGAGUUAACAUAUGCAGAUGCAUACUGAACAGUUUACAUGUUGAAGUUUUUUUUUUCCCUUUCAUUCUGCAGUAUAUGACCGUAUAAAAUUGUGCACUUAAAAACCAUUCAUCGUACUUAAGUUUUAAGAUGAAACUGCUCCCUUGUAAGGGCUCAUGAAGAAAACUAGUCUUGCAUUUUAUUUUAUAAAAAAUAAACUCAACUCAUUAUCAUCCA